AUGACGUGCCUGGGCGUGGCGGGGGUGGCGGCCCUCCUCUUGAUGCUGGUGGUCGGCGGAGCGUGGGCCAACGUCUUCCUGCACAACCCUCGUGGAAGUAACAACCGCCUCAACGAAGAGACCACAGACCGCGCCAAUGCCAACCGCAUGUUCGAUAGCCAGAUGUACUACUACGCCGGCUCGCAGUUGGAGGUGGAGUGGACGAGCGAGCACGGCUGCGGUCCGGACAGCGAACAGCCCAACGUGCACUGCGACGUCGUCCUGCAGUACAUGUGCGGCGACGAGGUGCGCGACGGGCUCACCACCGACACAAUUCCCGAUGACCCCGCCGAGUACAACGCCAAGGGCGCCGACAAGCUGAACAACAACGGCAAGCUGGCCUAUGUGUACGGCAUGCACGAGCCCUACGCAUACUACCAGGACUGCCAUGUGCGCCAGCGCAACCGCGGCCUGUUCCUAGCGGACGUCGUGAUGCCCGGCGGCCCCGGCGCCGAUGCGCGCAACACCCGCCAGAACCCGGGCGGUGCGCGCUCGGGAUUCGAGUGCCCCGAGGAGCGGGACUACUACCCCUACUGGCACCCGGCCCCGUGGCGCGACAUCGCCGUGCUCACAUCGAACGUGUCGCGCUGCGACUACUACCGGGCCAACUCCCAGAACGUGGUCGGGCGCGGCUAUUGCUACGCUUGGCCGGCGGCCAACAACGCGCGGGACUGCGCGGCCCUCGGGGGUAAGUGGGUGACGGCGCCACCGAACGGGGGCGGCCCGGUGGACUGCCGCGCGGCACCGUACGCGCGCGACAAUGGGCUCGGGUGGGUGUCGGCCUACAACUGGACCAUCCCCCACGACGCACUUCACGAAAGCUGCGUGCUGCGCCUGCGGUACAACAUCUCCGUGGGCGACUACGACGGGUGGAACACGUACAGCGACCAAAACGAGUGGAAUCCGUUCGGCAACAAGUGUCCCAUCACGCGCGACCCCACCGUGCAAUUCGACACGGAGGACACGCCGGUGAUCAGCGCCCGGAACCUCACGCUCGCGCUAGACACCCGCCAGACCGGUAGGACAUUCCAGGACAGGAGUUACACCUUCGCGAUCCGGCCACGCCCCGCACACGUUGGACCCAACGACAGAAUCGUCAACCUGAACGUCAAGGGCAAGCGCGGUACCUUGACGCAAGUCUUUCCGGCCGUGAUGUACGACUUUGUGCCGAACUCGCUCUACAUGCGGCCCGGCGACUACCUGCACCUCCAGUGGACCGGCAGCACCUUCAACCCGGCCAACAACGAGGGCGAGGGCACCUACGGCACGGACAUCACCAACCUGGUCCAGGUUGCGGACCUGUACCACAACGUCCCUCUCAACUUCUCCGACCCGCGGCACUUCUUCGGGGAGAAGGCCCGACUGGCUCUGGCCCACCUGAACCAGAAGGGCUGCGACACGCUGGCACAACUCCUGGCCCGACACGGCCCAGACCAGGAGGCCAUCAACCGCGACCCGCGCAACUGUGCCAAGCUCAACAUGGCCAGCACCUACCAGGACCAGGGGCUGCACCAAGUCCACAGCUCGCUUCAGGGUAAAGUUCAGCUUCGCUGCUGA